AUGUAUAGAUAUUGGAAGCCCACAUAUUCAAAGUUCUUUCCGUCUUUAUCUAGAUCCAAUAGUACUCUCUCUCAGAUCCGCUUACCCAAGCACAACUUAAAAAAGUCUCCAACUAAUCUUGCUUCCAUACGUAGAAAAGCUCAGCAAGACUUGGAUAAUAUUAAUUACAUAAGGUCACUUUUGAACAAAAAGCCUAAAGAAUUUAUUGAAAGUGACCAAGUACUUGAGAAAUAUUUAUCUAUAGUCACUGCAAUUACCGUAAGCGAAUCAAUUAAUUUAGAUAAAUAUGUCGAGUUGAACCAAUUGAGCAAGAGUCUGAUCUUGGUUCCAGAUGAAGUUUUAAAUGUAAAAGAGAAUGGCAAUGAUAUAAUGAUUCUUUCCAACGGGACAAUUGUUGGUUGGGGAGUAAAUGAGAACUAUUUAAUUGAAAAUUUUUCUCAGAAAUUGGAGACUUGUGUGGAAAAUAAGUAUAACAUAGAAAGUGAUGAGUUCGACUGGAUAGAAUUGAAGAAUGAUAUAAAUAGUGACAAUACCAAUGACACAACUACUGAAGGGAAGACUUCAUUCACGCAUGGGGAAAUCAUGGUGAUCCAGGGCGAAAGCGAAAAUAAAAAGUUGCUUGAAAAGGCUGCGUUCGCAAUUGGGUUAUCUAGAUCAACUAGAUUAGCGGUUUUAGAAACUGCGCUUGAAGAACAUUUACAAUUGUCUAGGGUGCAUAGUGAGAACCUUUCAAAAGGGAUAAAGUUGAAAAUUUCGGAAAGUGAGGUUAUCAGACUGACUGGUAGACUAUUCUUACUCAGAGGGAAGUUAAAUUUGUACAGUGAGUUAAUUGAAACCCCAGAUUUAUACUGGGCUGAGCCUACAUUGGAAAAGAUCUAUGAUUCAAUCUCAAAAACGCUUGAUAUAUCGCCCAGAAUAUCUAUCUUGAAUAGGAAAUUAGAUUACGCUACCGAGGAAAGUAGAGCGUUAUUGAGUGUUCUAAAUGAGAAAAAGGGAACAAGGUUGGAGUGGAUAAUUAUUAUAUUAAUUACUGUUGAAGUGGUAUUCGAGAUAGAAAGAAGGAUAAAGGAAUUUUGA